UUGCUUUGUUGUAGGCUUCUACAAGGUUUCCUACAGAAUUAGUAAGUGUGGAAAUGGAGCCGAGCUGGAGUACGUUUCUUUUUCAACAGGCCAAUGAAGCCCUCCACCACCAGCACCAUGUGGCCCAGAACAGCCUGCUGCCACUUCUUAAUGCAGGAGCUGAACAAAUUGACCAGAAGCCUAUCCUGCCCAUCCACAUAGACCAGAAGCCCCCUACCAGCGCUGCUGAUCUCCUCAAAGACAAUGUGGCCAGCGGAGGAGGUGCACGGCCACAAAUGCCCGUGAUAAAGAAGGAGCACAAAGGUAAAACGCCGUUUGUCUGCGGCUACUGCAACAAGGCCUUUCGUGACAGCUACCACCUGCGACGCCAUGAGUCCAGCCACACCGGUAUUAAGAUGGUGUCACGGCCAAAGAAGGCUGCCCAGACAGCCCCCACCAUGGUACCCAUGAUCUCCACCAUGCAACGAGAGAACAACGGCAACCCUUCCUACAUCUCCACGGUGGCAGGCAUCCUCUCCACAGCAACCACCUCGGUUUCCUCAGGCGCGAGCAUCAUGACAUCGUCUGCAAUGGGAAAUAUGCCGCAGCAAAAUGUCGCCAAGAAACCUGCCAAACCGGUCAAGAAAAACCAUGGGUGUGAGAUGUGUGGCAAGGCCUUUCGUGAUGUCUACCACCUGAAUCGCCACAAGCUGUCCCAUUCAGAUGAGAAGCCUUUUGAGUGCCCCAUCUGCCAGCAACGCUUUAAAAGGAAGGACCGGAUGACCUACCAUGUUCGCUCUCAUGACGGGGGAGUCCACAAGCCCUAUGUAUGUUCAGUGUGUGGGAAAGGCUUUUCCAGGCCAGACCACUUGAGCUGCCAUGUGAAGCAUGUGCAUUCCUCGGAAAGACCGUUUAAAUGUCAAGUAACGGCCUGUACCUCUGCUUUCGCCACCAAAGACAGACUCCGUUCCCACAUGAUCAGGCACGAAGGCAAGGUCACCUGUAGCAUCUGUGGGAAGAUGCUCAGUGCAGCCUACAUCACCAGCCAUUUGAAGACUCACGGACAGACCAACUUCAACUCCUGUAACAAACAGGGUAACGGGGUCUGCAAUUCUUCCUCAGCUACACCUGUGACCAUUUCUGCCCCCAUCACCACGGCGAUGAACCGGGGCCACUCCAACAACCCUGUCACCAUAGCCGCACAAAUGAACAUUACCACCAACACGGUCAACAUCACAUCUCCAAUCAGCCUCCAGCACCCAGUCACCAUCACCGGGCCCGUCAACAUCGCUUCUGUCAACAUCCCUUCCUCGGUUCCCAUGAAUAUUGCCCACCCGGUCGCUAUAACGACCACCAUGCCUAUGAAUAUGGCGGGUCCGCUCAACAUCGCCAUGAGGUCAAUGGAUAGCAUGCCUUUUCUGUCCCAAGUCUUGCCUUCUUCCCAACACUGGUAAAAAAAAAAAAAAAAGGCAUUCAGCAUUGGACUGGCCAGAAAGAAAGGGAAAAAUGAAGUGAAACAAGAGACUCCUGUCAUCAUUUGCACCUCAAGCCCGGCUCUUUCUCCCCCCCCAAACCCCCCCGAACCAUGUUUACUUACCCUGAAGUGAAUAUUUACAUGAGCUGUUGGGGGUGCGGUAGGAGCUCCCCAAGUCACAGCUGCGUCCCAACUAACGUUAAGUGACUGACCUGAGAUGCAGAACACUUAAGUAGAAAUCGAUUAGGAUUUCUCUUGAAAUCAGGACAACUGUAAGACUUAGUGUAGUCAGUUAGAGUGAAACUGUGAUUUGUGUAAUGACAAAUGAGAGGAGUCCUCAAGCACCCUUGAGGACUCUGUAGGAAAACACACCUGUGCUUUUGUAAAAGGGAGUUGAGAAAUGGACUGAAGCAAUAACGAUGAAUUGCUGUUUUUGAUGUUUUACAAGUUCUCUCCCGAAGCCUCUGGGUGUUACUUUGUAUGUUUGUUUUUUUGUUUGUUUUUUUAAUUAUUAUUAUUAUUAUUAUUAUUAUUAUUAUAAUAGCCUGCUAAUCACAAUGUAAUGUUAUAGGAAAUGAGUCUAGUAAAAGGGACAGUCGCUUCCAUUUGCAUGGAAGAAUAUUUUUUCACAGUGCUAUAGCUUUUCUUUUUCUUCUCAGAUAGUAGGUAUGCUCUUGAGGUACAGUGACUAACUUGUACAGUUGACAUAGUAAUGUAUUUUCAUGUCAGCAUUUAAAUUUUUGCAUUUGUCAAGUGGAUAUCUCAACGCUGUCCUCUUGACAAUUAAAUAUGUGUACUUUGUUUUCUGUUGGUAUGGAAGCGCAAAGGUUUUUUUAUUUUUUUUAUUUGCCUAUUUGUAGUGUUCAUUUUUCCAUGAAGUCAGAAUGGAAUGAGUCUUGCACUGAAAGCAUAUCCUACACACAGGUGAGCAACAGUAUUAUCAAAGAUCAAAUUGGAGUCUUAAGUGUUUUGGUUAGCCUGCCUGCACUUGAGGGCCAUCUAGUGGCUGAGCAUGGAAGGGCUUGGCCUUGUAGUGAAGCUUUUUCAGGCAGUUACUGUCGUCAUAAUGGUGACUAAUUAGUUUUGUCUGACUCUUCUGUACACUGUUUUUUUUUGGUUGUCGUUUUAUUUUUUUUAUUUUUAUAUUUAUCUGUGAUUUCCCCAAGAUGAUGCUAAGGACCCUGCACUCAGGAAACACCACAUUGAAGCCCGUUACCUAUGAAUCUGGUUCCUUUUUUAAAAUUGAAUAUAUCUAUACCAUGUAUCUUGAUUCUUAAUCUCUCCAUGUUCCUUUUCUGAUUUCCUAUAUCAUUUGGCAUUGUCACGUUCAAAGACUUGACUUCCAUCAGGGACAAGAAGUCCAAGAAAUUUAGAUUUUAAACCUAGCCGUCCAUUUAACUAAUCAUUUACUGUGCAAUGGCAUACUUUUCUUUUUUUUCUUUUUUUUUUUAACAUUUCCUUUUAAAGUCAAGUUACGUUUCAGGCUACAUAGUCAUGUGGCUGAGAUCUGAAUGAGUUUGAUAAAAUACAAGUUUGUGUCCAUACAAAUAAUCGGGACAAGAUUUGAUGUUGCAUGAACCCGAAUACUGUAGCUGUUGAACAUAUUUUUACUGAAUGCCAUGUUCUCUCGACAGUGUUGCAGCUCUGAGUUGAUUCAGUUUAUACUGAAAAAUGCAAUAUGCAUGUUUGUCAUUUUUCCCAAGUUUUGUUUUAAACAAAAUAUUAGUGUAGCUUUUUCUUUGUUCUUAUGCAUUUACGUAGAUACACUAUGAUAGCCUGUUUGCCAAAUUUGAUGAUAAUAAUAAUAAUGUGAUGAACUGAACAUUUCUGGUGGAAUUGAACAUCUCUUUAUUUUUUAGGAAAAGAAAUAAUUGGAAAUUCCAGGACCCUUGUGAAAGCAGUUGAAUGUAUAUCUUUGUACAAAACUAUUUUAGUUCCAAGAAUAUGAUAGUUAGAAUAGAUGUGAAAGAUAAGAUAACCUUUUUUAUAAAUCUUUUGUAUUAGAACAUUAACAAUGGUAAUUUUGUAUAUAUGGCUAGCUUUCUGAUUAGCAGAAAGGUCAAACAUUCCUACAUUUUUUUUAAAUGUAUGUUUGUCAAAUUAUUACAUAAACAUGCGCAAUGUUAUGUGCCUUUUAUUUGGGUUGUCUAAAUAAAAGAAAACUAUCCAAUGUG